CCUUUUCUAUUUUUGAAGAGGCUGAACUCCAAGCUAUCUUCCACUACUUAAAUCCGUCAGUUUCGGCACGUAAAGCCAAUAUUACCCACACAACGGUUCGAGAAAAGAUCGUCGCCGCGUUUGAACAACACAAACAGACGGUGAUAGACGUCUUACGCAAGGCGCCUGGUCUUAUCCACAUGUCCUUCGACGGCUGGCGGUCCGGAAACCGACAUGCCUUGUAUGGUAUAUGUUGCUUCUACAGGGACGAAAACAACAAGCCUUGUAAGCUUACGCUAGGGCUUCCCGAAGUCAGCGCCAAGCACACAGGGCCAAACAUUGCCGCCGAAAUCCUCGACGUAAUUGAAUCGUACCAGAUCCAACACAAGAUUGGCUAUUUCACGCUCGAUAACGCGAAAAACAAUGACACCGCUAUGGAGAUUAUUGGUGCAGAGCUCGGCUUUGUGGGGUCCCGCAGGCGAGGGCGCUGUUUUGGGCAUACCUUGAACCUCUCCGCCAAAGCCAUUCUAUUUGGCCACGAUGCUGAUGCUUUUGAGCGGCGGAUAUCAGGGGGAGAACCUCUUACUGAAGCAGAACACUUGAUUUGGCGCAAGAAAGGGCCAGUAGGAAAAUUGCACAAUCUUGUGGUAGCUAUCCACAGGUCUGACUUGUUGACUGGCAUGCUUCGCAGCAUUCAACAAGAAGCAUUCGCCAAGUCGUCCGACCCCAAACUUAACGCCAGAAAGCCGUUGGAUGUGAUUUUAGACAACGAUACCAGAUGGCUGUCCCAAUUAUACAUGAUACGACGAGCUCUACUCCUGCGCGACUAUAUCGAGCGACUUAUUGCCCACUAUCGAAUCGAAUUCGAGCAACAACACAAGACUAAGAGGGGUGGCCCUAGGAAGUCACUCACAUUGCCCUUUAUUUGCCAGCCCGAGAACCAGCUAUCCGACAAGGACUGGGAGGUGAUGGAGAUAUUUGCGCAAGUCCUUACUUACUACGAAGCCACGAUCAAAAUGCUCGAAGGCGACGGCCAGAUCCGCAAGCGGAAGCGUGGGUGGACUGGGUCAUAUGGCAAUAUUUGGGACGUUGUCCAAGGCUUUGAAUUCCUCCUCGAGCAGCUUGAGCGCUUCAAGGAUAUGGCGAAGGAUUUCCCUGAUCCUGAACACUUCAGCAUCAACAUCAAUUUGGGCUGGCAGAAGUUGAAUGAAUACUACGGGACGUUGAGUGAGACGCCGAUAUACUACACUGGCUUGGCGCUCCAUCCGGCAUACCGAUGGAAAUGGUUUGAACGCAAUUGGGCUGACCGCCCUGAAUGGGUUGACGAGGCGAAAAGAAUUGUCCACGAUGUCUGGCGCUUUGAGUAUAGACAGGCCACCUUGCCUGGAGAAGAGCCAUCAGCUGCUGAGCCGGCUCUUAAGCAGCGGAAGACUUCGGACAAUCCGUUCCAGGAAUAUCUUAAACGAAACCGCUUCACGUCGCCAGAUGCAGGUCAAGAUGGCGUCACGCCGGUCGAGGACGAAUAUCUCCAUUGGAUUACGUACUGCGAAAGCGGCGAUGGCUCCGUCGACGAUCCUCUGGCUUACUGGCACGAGAAGCGCUGCAAGUAUCCAAACCUAUCGCGAAUGGCGCUUGAUUAUCUCACGAUACAACCAAUGUCUGCUGAGUGUGAGCGUCUUUUCUCGGCAGCAGGUCGGAUGGUGAGCCCUCUGCGCCACCAACUUGAAGCCCAGAUUAUCGGGAUGUGCCAGGUAUUGCGCUCAUGGCUGAGGGCGGGCAUUAUUCACGACUUAGAUCCCUUCUUUAUUUCGGUAAACGAAGAACAAGUCGAUAACGAAUUGGCUCAGAUGUCUGGGCAAGAGCUCGAGGCAUGGGCAACAAAGUGGCUUACUCAGAUUACGAGCGUUCAAGAGGAGAUGGAAGCUAGUUGGAGAUAA